AUGGUCAAAGCAGCAAUUGGUCAAAUAUGCUCCACCUCAGACUUGUCGCACAACCUCGAGCAGUGCAAGACUCUCGUCAAAAAGGCCGUUGCUGAAGGUGCAAAGGUUCUCUUCCUUCCCGAAGCUGCUGAUUACAUUGGAGGAUCGCCUGAUGAAUCUUACAACCUUUGCAAGUCUGUCACCGACUCGCCCUUUGUUCUCGGUCUCCAAGAGGAGGCCAAGAAGAACAAUCUCUGCAUCAAUGUUGGCAUCCACGAGCCUUCGGAAGCACCCAAGAAGAUCAAGAACACUCUGAUCUGGAUUGACGAAAACGGAGACAUUACCCACCGCUACCAGAAGCUUCACAUGUUCGAUAUGGAAUUGGACGAUGGUCCUAACAUGAAGGAGAGUGACACUGUUGAACCUGGCAACAGUAUCCUCGCACCCUUCGACUCGCCCGUCGGCAGAGUGGGUCAAUGCAUCUGCUUCGAUCUACGAUUCCCCGAAAUUGCUCUUGCUCUGAAACGUCAAAAGAUCGAUGUACUCUGCUACCCGUCAGCUUUCGCCCCUGAUACCGGCAAGUACCACUGGCACGCACUCCUGAAGGCUCGCGCUAUUGAGACGCAAUCAUACGUCUUCGCCCCAGCUCAAGUUGGCCCUCACAACAAGAAGCGAUCAAGUUUCGGUCACUCUUUGAUCGUUGAUCCCUGGGGUAGAAUCCUCGCCGAGCUGGGCAGUGAAGAAGACUUCAACGAGAAGGGCGACUCAUGGGAGCCCGAACUUGCUACUGCCGAAAUUGAUCAUGAUCAAUUAGCGAAGAUCAAGAAGGGUGUACCUCUUCACAGGAGAAUCGAUGUUUACGCCGAAGUGUAA